CAACUCUCACAUGGUGAUUAGAGUGGUGUAAUUAAUACUUCUUGGUUGCGAUCUAGCUGCAUCGAUUUAAAAGUAGAUUGUGAUUCUGUAACCUUCAUCGGUUAACAAAAGCCACAAUGGGAAAGAAAAGGUCCGGUGGGGGUGGCACGGGAUUAGGUAGAGCUUUGAUAAAGGAAAGACAUACGGCAGGUCGUGGAAACAGACGCGCAGAUUCGUGGCUCCACACCAGCGAGCUAAACGAUGGGUACGACUGGGGUCGCCUCAAUCUGCAGUCAGUCACAGAGCAGAGUUCUCUGGACGACUUUCUGGCCACCGCCGAACUCGCGGGAACUGAGUUUGUAGCAGAAAAACUCAACAUCAAGUUCGUGCCCGCGGAGGCCAGAUCGGGCCUCUUGACGUCGGAAGAGACCAAAAGGCUCAAGAAGCUCCACGAAGAGAACAAACAGUUCCUACGAAUACCUCGGAGGCCCAACUGGGACGAGAGCACCAGUGCAGAAGCUCUUCAGCAGGCAGAGAGAGACAGCUUCCUGGAGUGGAGACGGGAGCUUGCACAGCUGGAAGAGGAACAGAAUUUGAUUCUCACCCCUUUUGAACGGAACCUUGAUUUCUGGAGACAGCUUUGGAGAGUCAUCGAGAGGAGUGAUGUUGUGGUUCAGAUUGUGGAUGCCAGAAACCCCUUGCUCUUCCGAUGCCAGGAUCUAGAGUGCUAUGUGAAAGAGGUGUCUAAGCACAAGGAGAACAUGUUGCUGGUGAACAAGGCCGACCUGCUGACCCGGGAUCAGCGUAAAGCCUGGGCUAGAUACUUUGAGAGUGAAGGUAUCAGGGCUGUCUUCUGGUCUGCCCUCACAGAGAACGACAGGCUGGAGGCAGAGGAGAAGGGGGAGGACCAUGAGGAUGAGGAGGAGCAAAGUGAUGGAGAGGAGGCACCAGGCAAUGAAGUGGUGAGACAAAACACAGAGGAGAAGGAAGAUGAAGGGAUAGACACGGAUGAAGAAGAAAGCAAGGAAAGGUUUGAGGACUGUGUGGAGGAAGGAGACUGGCAGACCUGCUCUGAGGGAUCAGACACUGAGGAGGAAGAGGAGGAGGAAGAGAAGGUGGCAGGCUCUUCAACUACCUCCUCGUUUCUCAACUCCAGCCGCCUGCUACGCAAAGAUGAGCUGUUAGAAAUUUUCAAAUCAGUACAUUCUGGCUCCAGGGUGAAGGAAGACCAGAUCACAGUGGGGCUGGUGGGUUAUCCUAAUGUUGGAAAAAGUUCGACAAUAAACACUCUCCUCAGAAACAAGAAAGUUUCUGUAUCAGCCACUCCUGGUCACACAAAGCACUUUCAGACCCUGUUUGUGGAGCCAGGCCUGUGUCUGUGCGACUGCCCUGGUCUGGUCAUGCCCUCCUUUGUGUCCACCAAAGCUGAGAUGAUCUGCUGUGGCAUCCUGCCCAUUGACCAGAUGAGGGACCAUGUACCAGCAAUAUCUUUAGUGUGUCAGAACAUCCCUCGGGCUGUACUGGAGGGCACCUACGGCAUCAGCAUCAUCCGUCCACGGGAGGACGAGGACCCCAAGAGGCUGCCCACUGCCGAAGAACUGUUGAUGGCGUACGGAUACAUGAGGGGCUUCAUGACUACUCACGGACAGCCGGACCAGUCUAGGUCAGCUCGAUACAUACUGAAGGACUAUGUCACUGGAAAGCUCCUGUAUUGCCACCCGCCUCCGCACAUUGACCCCAAAGACUUCCAGCCUCAGCACAGCAGGUUUGAAAUCCGACAAGCUGCCAAGGAAGAGAAAGCCUCCAAGACAGUCGAUGGUGGGCAGAAAAUCAGGAGGAUUGAGAACUUGGUGGAUAAAAACUUCUUCCAUCAGGAAAACGUCCGGGCACUGACGAAGGGUGUCCAGUCAGUCAUGGGAUACCAGCCAGGUUUUGGUCCGAUUAGUCAGAGGACAAUUGGCUCAGAGCAGCCAGCGGGGAAGCCCUGGAAGAAGCAUGGCAACAGGAACAAAAAGGAGAAAAUCCGCAGGCUCAAUAAACACCUGGAUGCCUGACUGCUCCCUCCAUCUCCAUCUGUGUGCUGAAAAAGGAGCAAACUUUGAAAACAAAAGGACUGCCAGGUCUGCAAACUGACUAUCCAGAACUCAGUUCACUGGCACAUUUUUUAUCACAGAGAGUGACCCUUGAAAAAAGAAUGCUUGUGAUAGGUAGCAGUUUGGUCUGUUCACUGUUAAGGUUGCUGUGAGCACUUUCAAAGAUGGUUGCAUUUUAACUGAGUUCUGAAACUCGACAUGUAUUUUAUGACAACAGAGAGGAGUAGCCUGUGAUGCUGCUAUUGGGAAUACCCCAAAGCACAGGGCUGAAGUUUAAAAAAAAAUGGAGGCAAAAUUGUUCUGUAAGCUGUUUCCCUUCAAAAGCAGGAACAUCUGCAUUCAUCAGAUGAAAAAGCAGCUUGGUACAGUGCAAGUCAGCAAAUCUUGAUAUUUUUAAAUAAAGGUCUAGGUGCUCAGA